UCCUAAAUGGACAUUAUGAGAAAGAGAAACGAUGUCGUAUCAGACGUGCGUUUGUAAUUUUAGAGCUUUCCGUGACAAAACUGCGGCUUCCCCAACACCUGAAACCAAAGCCAAACAAAAACAAAGUGGAACAAAAACACAAAUUAUUAUCUAUAGAAAUAAAACAAAAGAGAAUGAAAUAAACCUAAGCACAGCCUUCGGUUCCUUGGUUUUUCGGCGGUUCAGUCUUGCGUUUCACGUGUUAGAUACGUCUGCUUUCGCCCAUCAAAUUCCUACAUUCUCCCCAAACAAACCCUAAAUGCUCUCUCUUUCUUUAUUUUCUUCCAUCAUUCUUAUUUAUUUUAAGAAACCCUAAUUUCGAAUGGCUAUGACGGCUGAUUCUUCUUCUCCAGGCGACGGUCUCAACAGCCCUCAGUUCCGCCGCAAAAAUUUGCCUUCUCCGUGGGCCCAAGUUGUUCGAGGUGAGUCAGAAUCAAUCUCAGCCGUUUAUCAUUCCCCUUCUUCACCAUCAUUGACAACCUCACUCCCCGUCGCUUCCCUACCGGAGCAAGCAACUUUUUCCGAUUGCUCCCCUUCGAAAGCGGCUUCCUCCUCCUCCUCUUCCCCGCCGCCGGAUAUUUCUUUGGCCGCUGACGGUGAUUCUGAUUCCAAUAGCAACAACAAUUCGGCUGCUUGGUCCAAGAAGCCGGCUUGGAACAAGCCUUCAAAUGGCGUGGUAGAGGUGGGCCCCGUAAUGGGUGCUGCUUCUUGGCCUGCUUUAUCUGAAUCCGCUAGGGCUUCCCCCAAAUCAUUAGCUGACUCUUCUUCCAAAACUUUUCCUGACGGAUCGCUUUCUACUUCUCAGGGACCAGUAAUACCCCAAUCAACUCAGAAGCAAGGUACUAGUAAUGCUAAUUCCAAUUCGGUACCAAACCGUACAAUGUCGGGUCGGCAAAGGUCUUCUAAGCGUGGUGGCGGUGGGGGCAAUAACUCUGCUAGUGGGCCUCCACAGAGUAGCUUUUCACAUCAACACCUGACUCCACCACCACCGUCAUUUCCUGUAAUACAAAUGCUUCCGAAUAGUUAUGGUAAUUUUGUUCCAGCAAUGCCGGAUACAUAUGUGAGAGAUCCCCAAUAUAGGGGCAAUAAUUGGGAAACGAGACCGGCCAGCGGGUUUGCAUCUCAAUCACACAAUGAUCACCGGCAUUCUUCUCGGAGGGGAGGCAACUAUGGACUACGUGGAGACAGUGGCUAUCAUAACAAUUUUGGGGGCAGGCGUGAUCAGGACCGAGGAAAUUAUGGGAAUGCUAGAGAUGUUCAUAUGCAUCCUCAGAGAGCUUCCCCAAGGGGCUUUCCAAGGCCUCCACCACCCAGUGCUCAUACUUAUGUUCCUCCACAGCCUGUGAGGCCAUUUGUGAAUCCCAUAGGAUAUCCUGAGUUGAUAUAUUUCCCUACAAUGCCUAUGGAGCCAUUUAGGGGCAUGCCGUUAAUUACCCCUGCUCCUCCUGCAAUGAUUAUGCCUGUUCCUGAACUUCCUCUGCCUGCUAUGAUAUUAAAUCAGAUACAUUAUUAUUUCAGUGAUGCUAAUUUGAUAAGAGAUGAGUUUUUGAAGUCUAAAAUGGAUGAUCAGGGCUGGGUAGCCAUUUCUUUAAUAGCAGGAUUUCCUCGAGUUAAGAGUUUGACAAGCAACAUUCAGCUGAUAUUGGAUUCCUUGCGGAGUUCAACUGUUGUGGAAGUACAGGAUGACAGAGUGAGGAGGCGUAAUGAGUGGAAGAAAUGGAUACCUUCUCGGGUUUCCACGGAGUCAGGCUUCGUAUCUCCAGGUGGACCAAGUUCUGAUAUGCUGGCAAGUUCUUUUCAGCAGAUUACAGUGAAGGAAGAGUCUGCUAACCAAAGUAAGGCAGGUAAUGUGAACCCUCAUGUUGAGGACACUUCAGAAAGGAAUCUAUCCAAGCUGAUUGGCCGCGCUCAACUCCCCAACGGGGAGGGUUCCAAAGACACAUGUUUGGACUAAAACUGAUCAAUCUAUGCCACCACAAAAGCACAAUCCAGUCAGGAUGGUGUGCUUUAUUUUUGAAUCUAGAGUGGAUGCUGAUUAGGAAGGGGAUUGGACACCUUUUUCUUUUUAUUUUUGCCAUCAUCUUACUCGGUUUUGGCGGUGUAUUGAUGAGGCAAUUUGAGGCAAACAAUAAGAAAGAUACAUAAAUUUACCUUUGAAAGAUAGAGAACAAAGUGAGAUAAAAAAAAAAAAAAAA